AUGAGGGCUUUCUUCCACUCUUUCGUUCUGGUCGCCCGGCUGAGUGUAGGUGUAUUGGCCAUCCCAUCUGAUGAUCGUGUCGCCAUUCGAGCUCAAGAUGCUGGUGACGACCUCGAUGAAUGGCUGGCAGCAGCACAACGAGUAUCAGCAGAGGCUCUUAAGGCUUGCCCUUCCUCCUGUAGCACGGCGAGCAACAAAAACUUGACCUCGAGAGCCGAAUGGUUCUUGUUUCCCGAUGCCACGAAGCUAGCACUGUGCAACGAGACCAUGCUACUCGAUAUGGUCGUCAAAUCAGCCAUCAAUGACGAUGCCGCACAGACAGUUGUUAGGGCUUGCUCAGCCGACUACGACUCCGGCCUCAAAGCUGCAUUUGUAGCCGAGGAAGGGAAGGCGUCUCUUUGCACGACUGCCAACCGUGUUUUGGAACAGAACUCCAUUUACCUACACCAACCCCAAGUAGGAGCUGACGAGUUCUCUGUGAACCAUCUCCUUUCGGCUGGCCGCCAAAUCGCCAAUCACAUCAAAUUACAGGAGCCUUCCUGUACCAACAAUGCAAUGGAGUUUGCAUACUCUCAGUCGUCAAGCAUUGGUCUCUUUGCUGGAGCUGAAGUCCAUCAGCACGGCAUCACUAAGAUCGUUCUUGAGCACCUUCUUCAAUACGCACAAGAUAAAGCCAUAUCAAAGACUACCGUAGUACAGCUAUGUGGAUCCGAUGGCCGUGGCGCAGAUUAUAGUUUGGGAAUCGUUGCAACAAGUGCAAAGAAUCUUGCCUUUGUUCAGGAAGUUGUUAGGACCUGGGCCAGCGGAGCUUGCGUACCAGCCACCGCGGGCGAGGAGUGGAUGAAUGUCAACCUCCGAGUCCCCGGUCCUGUCACUGGCACCUCAAACAGUACUAAUACCACAACUGCAGCGAACAAUACUAUAGUUGCACGCAUGGAAUCUAGAUCACGUCUUAGCAUCAGGGCUGAUUGCAGGACAACCACCGUUCAGUCUGGCGAUGGCUGUUUCGCAGUCGCAGGUCGGUGCGGGAUAAGCCAGGCCGAUCUCCAAAAGUUCAACCGCCAGAAUCUCUGCAACACACUUAUAAAGGAUGAAAAGGUCUGCUGUAGCACGGGAACUCUGCCAAGCACUUUGCCUGCCGGCAAUUCAGAUGGCACCUGCAAAACGAUAGACGUGGUUAGUGGCGAUAGCUGCGGCUCCCUUGCUUCAAAGUGCGGCAUCAGCUCAGCAGACUUCAUGAAGGCGAACACCAAAACUGAUCUCUGCUCAAAAUUAAUUGAAGGUCAAAAGGUCUGCUGCUCUAAUGGUAAAUACCCAGAUAUAAAACCAAGGAAGGAUGCAAAUGGCAAUUGCGCCGUGUACACGACGAAGAAGGACGACUAUUGCUCCAAGAUCGCCGUCUCCCGUGAUAUCACGGUGGCUGAGCUUGAGAACUUCAAAAUGUGUAUCAGCGAGGGCAGCCCUCCCAUGCCUGCCAACGUUCCGAACGCCGUGUGUGGACCAACGAUGAAUGGCACAACCCAACCUCCUGCUGGAACAGACCUUGCUACCCUCAACCCCUGCCUACUCAACGUUUGCUGUAACAUUUGGGGCCAGUGCGGUAUGACUGACGACUUUUGCGUCAUCUCCAAGUCCGAGACGGGUGCUCCCGGAACUUCUGCCCCUGGCAAGAACGGCUGCAUCAGCAACUGCGGCAGAGACAUCAUCAAGGGUUCAGCCCCGGCAAGCAAAAUAAAGCUGGCAUAUUAUGAGAGCUGGAAUUUCAACCGCCCUUGCUUGACAAUGCACGUCGACAAAAUCGAUACGUCCACCUAUACCCAUAUACAUUUCGCGUUUGCGAAUGUCACCCGAGGUGACUACCGGGUUGAGAUCACUGAUCCCAAUGUUUUGGAACAAUUCGAAAUCUUCAAGGGAAUGACAGGCGUGAAGAAGAUCGUCUCACUCGGUGGCUGGGCCUUCAGUACUGAGCCGGGAACUUUCCAAAUUCUCCGCGAAGCCGCAAAGCCUGCCAACCGCGAAAAGUUCAAGAACAACCUUAUUUCUUUCAUGAACGAACAUAAUCUUGAUGGUAUUGACCUUGAUUGGGAAUAUCCAGGCGCUCCCGAUAUCCCAGAUAUCCCUUCAGACGAUCCCGUGAACGGCCUGAACUACUACAGGCUUCUCUCUAGCCUGAAGUCUUCUGUUGGCUCUUCCAAGUCGGUUUCCUUCGCAGCACCAGCAUCAUACUGGUAUCUAAAAUCAUUUCCUAUCAAGAAUAUGGCCAAGGACCUAGACUACAUCGUCUACAUGACCUACGAUCUUCAUGGCCAAUGGGACUAUGGUAAUAAGUGGACAUCGCCUGGUUGCGACACAGGAAACUGUUUGAGAUCUCACGUAAACGAGACCGAAACUAAGGAUGCUCUCUCGAUGAUUACUAAGGCAGGCGCAGCGUCGAACAAAGUAGUAGUCGGCGUUGCUAGCUAUGGCCGAUCGUUCAAGAUGGCUCAGUCCGGGUGCGACUCUGAACAGUGUAGAUUUACUGGAUCACCACGACUAUCGAACGCUGCCAAAGGACGCUGCACGGAAACCGCAGGCUAUAUCUCUAACGCAGAGAUUAACGAGAUUGUCCGGUCUGGCAACGUCAAGAAGAAGUGGACGAGUGAAGGGUCGAACAUUAUGGUCUAUAACGACACUGAGUGGGUGGCAUGGAUGGAUGAUGACAUGAAAGAGGAGCGUGCAAAAUUUUACGACUCCUACAAUUUUGCUGGCACAACUGAUUGGGCUGUGGACCUGCAGGCUUUCAACGAUGGAAGCGGUGACGCCGACGACGACGACGAGAGCUACAUUGAUCGGAAUUACUGGUCUGGAUGCACGGCUAAGUACACUACCUUGGACCAGAUUGACGACGCUAAGGACAUCUUACCCGCCCAUUGUCUUGAGCAGUAUAUGUUCGCUGUAGAGAUCUCCAAUUAUGAAGACGCUCUAAAUAAGUACAAAAAAUUGAUGGACAACGGCUAUGACAAGAAGUUUGCGGUCUACGAAAAAUACUCUCGGGACCAAGUACCGGAGCAAAUCAACAACUUCAUGGCCACUGACAAAGUCGACAAGUAUUUCAACUGCAAAGAAACCCGCUACGCUGAUUGCUGCUCGGACUGCACAUACCCUACCUGCAGAUUAACCUGCGUUGAUGGCGAUAAGAAUUGUAAGAGCGGUCGUAUGACUUUGGACAUCGCCUGCCCGAAGAUGGAGUUCGAGGACAAAGGUUUAGAUGUUGGUGAAACUAUCCCUAACGCCACAUUUAGCUUCAAAGACGAGGAAGGCUUCUGGAAUGAUCUCGGAGAGACUUGGGGUAUUGAGAAGUCGUGGGUCUCGUUUGGAAGAAGGCGCAUGCGAAUCAGCAAUGGCUGUCAAUAUGCCGGGGCGGACGUUAACGGCUGCAUAGACGACUCGCCUGACUGGUGGUAUGACUACCCCCGACCGAGCGAUAAUAUCGAGAUCUACAAUCCAAAGAAGGUGAUUGGCGAUUCCUAUGACACAGCGAAGGAGACGCUGGAUCGAUUCAAAAUAAUGAGGAUUGCAGGACUUUAUGAUGAACAAAUGCAAAUGGCCGACUUAGUUGAUGCCGCGUCUAUCCCUGUAUACUCGGCCGUCGAAGCUAUCGAGGCAAUGGAGAAGAUUGUGGAGAAGGCAAACGAACUCAAGAAGAAAGAACGAGAGGAGAUGAUCCUUAACUUCAUCAUGGGUAUUUUGUUCUUUAUCCCCGUGGCUGGCAAUGCCGCUGGUUCUGUGGGCUUGACAGCGGUCCGAAGUAUGCUUCGUCUCGUUGGCACGGUCGGUGAGGCGGGUUUGGUGGUUUAUGAUCUAGUGGAGAACCCCGAAAACGCGUUCCUAACCAUCUUUAGCUACGUGGCAGGUGCUGGUGUUGGUCGGAGUGGUUUCAAGAACGCUGCCAACGCUAGGCGUGGCAUGAGCUCCAAGGAGUAUCAGAGCCUGGGUAAUGUGAAGGUGAAGCUGAAUAUGUUGACAAGCAUUCGAGGGAGCACGUGCAAGAUUUGA